AUGGGACAAUACAGUUACAGCCAGCCAUCUUCAUCAUCAAACUCUCAAGACUUAACCUCCCUCCUUCAAGCCGAAGCUGAGAUGUACACGGCUGAAGCUGAGAUUAGUCAGUGGAAUGCAGAAGCCAUUCACUACGAACCAUCACCAGAGGGUGAUGAUGGAAUCCCCAGGACAUGCUGCUGUGGGUCGGAGCUUGGUCACGGAUAUUCCCAAACUCCUAAACAUCCAUACCGACGGUACAUUACGUGCGCCAAUGCUGAUGAUGGAGACUGCCACGUCUGGAAAUGGUGGGACGUGGCGGUGGAGGAGGAGAUGAGGGACAUUCAGACGGAGCUUAGUGAGCUUAAGGGUGAAGCCAAUGAGCGUGAGCAGAAGCUGCUCAUCCUUGAGAAGAGAAUAGGCGAGUUUACAAAGAAGAAAUCAGGAGCUAAGCUAAUGGUCUUUACCAUAGUUUUAGUAGGGUUCUUUACCAUAUUUUCAGUAGGGUUGGUGUUUCUUAUUAAUGUGCUAGGUUAA